AGCUUAGGCAUGGAGACAAAGAGCAGUGGAGAUCCGUGUUGCUGACUGCCAUUAGGUGGCAGCAAAUACCUUGAUCACAGCUGAGGACAAUCUUUCCAUGAACACGAGAAGCUUUCUUCAAUUUUCAUAAUGUUACUGUGCUCCUUUUUUUCCCCCCUUUUUUAAAAUGUUUUUAUCAUCAAUAAGUGCCAACUUUAUAUGGUAGCAAUAGUGUGAUUAUCAUUUGUAUAUUUGUGUGACUUUCAAAUUAAUGCAAAAAAAAUUAAACUCAUGUAUGAAAAGAUUUCUUUCAUUUUUUUUAAAUGUAUCAUUAUUACAAUUCUCUGCCUUAGAAGUUGAGCAAACAGCCUUCUGUUAUGCUGCGCUCCUUCUGCUGAUGCUGCAAACAGUUCAGUUACACAUGCAGUAGUAACUACCAGCAGUAAGUGUGAAUGAUUUAUGUGCUGCAUUGUGCAGCACUUGGAAAGGGCUGUCUUAAAAAAAACUCUUAAUUUUACUUAUCUCUGUGUUCAGUGCUGUUUUAUUGGCAGCUUUUCAACAGUAGUCAGCCUGGCAGCCUCUGUGUAUGUUAAAGAUGCAUAUGCAGGCUGUUUUCUCCCUGGUGUUGCAGGAACGGGCUGACUGCACUGCACAAAAGACCAUGCGUGGCACAUAAACUGGUGCAUUUUGAGCAUGCAAGCAGUGUUUCUAUUGUUUAUAUAGCAUUAUACGUAAAAAAAAAAAAAAAAUAAUUAAAAAAACUCACAACGCACAAGACUGAAUGAUACUAAGUGGAUUGUUGAAGAUAUUUUAUUCAUCUACUUUGCAGUAAGAUUACAAUCAUUGCCUACCAUGUAAUCUAAUUUUGGGCCACUGUUGCGACCCACUACACUAUAGUCAACAAUGUCUUUAUUGGGAGCACUUUGGAUGCAAUGUUUCACUGUGGCCAGCAGAGGGUCCCUGCUGAGUUUACAGAGAGGCAUCUGCAUGCUGUCCUGUCCAGCUACCUUGCUCCAUAUCCAGUCUGAAACUGCAACCCAACAAGCUGCUAAAUAUCUGGGAGACAGAGCUCUUGUGCUUCUCUACUGUGCAGCCAUGGCCACCACAGAAACAAUGUUUCCAGACAGAAGUGACUUUGAUUACGAUUAUGAGACAUUGCGGACCACCGGGGUUGUCCUCGCUGUAGUCAUGUUUUUCUCUGGCAUUUUUAUAGCCCUCAGUAAAAAAUUCACAAAAUGUGUAAAAUCCUCCUCCAAUUCAAGCUCAUCUGGUACCCAAAUCCCAAAGACAGAUGUGCCCCCUCAAACUGUAUAGAAAAUAUAGUACUUGAAAGGGAAGGAGGUCUUCACGGGAACCACGACAACAACUACACACACAUACACUGGUUGUUUAUGGCCAUCCCUGUUAUGGCUAAUAUACCUCUGCCAGCUGGAUGAUCGAUAAACAGGGUUUUCCAACACAUCCUGACCUGCUUUCAUUGAGCCUCCCACUGAAUUCUGUAGUAAGUCUUACAAUAUGUGAGCAAAAUCUAUAUCUACAGAUUGCUCAGAAUUGUGUGAGUUGGGAAUAAAAGAAGAGAAAAAAACACUAAAAAAAAGAAACAAUAAAUACUCCCAACCAUGCAACUUGACAAGGUACUUUUAAUCAAACCUUCUUUUAAUUGUACUCCUGUAGAGCAAUACAAUUAAUAGCAUGAUUAAAUAUUUAUAAUCCAAAUCUCCAGGUUGGAACAAAAGACAGCAUGCAUUAAUCAAUUGUAACAAUUACCUUUAUUUUUCUUUUUUUUGUUGACAUCUGCUUUUUUAGCUUGACAAUAUAAUGAAGAAACAGAUAAAUACAAUAGAUCAAAUAUAACAUGAUUUAGGAAAAUAGCUAGCACAGUAUCUUAAUAAAGAUUGAAAGACAGUUGCGUUGAACAAUAUUAUUGUGGAUGAAUUGUGUAUUUGUUUAUUAGUUGUUACUUCUUUUGUUUAAAUCAAAGGCAAAAGGUAUAACACAUUGUACUGUAUUACCAGUAAAACUGAAAAAUGAGACCACUGUUCCAAAUAAAGGUCUUAUCUACUGAAUAUGAUUUUAUCAUUUUUUGUAAUAAACUUGCUGCUUGAGAUUACCUCAAGUGACAUAAAUGUAAAGUAGAAAUUAGAUGAUGUUGAGUCAUGAAGCUGAUUUUUGCUUCGUACUUUAAAGGAAUGUAAAAGAGAUGACACAUGAGUGACAGACAGCUCUAACCUUAUUCAUCACUCAUAUUACAGUCAAGGUGGCAGCAAACCUUGGUAGAAUUGGGCUAAAAAAACCAAAAAUUCUUCACAUCAUCUCUUUCUAGUGGGAUGUGGUAUUUUCCAUUGUGCUCAUUUCUGUGGCUACUUGUCAGUGGGACUGCUCAAAGGGUGCCCCAAACAUCAAAACAUUCAGAUGGAACUUUAAAUACAGUGUUAUUGUACUUUUAUUGAUGACUCAUGACUAAAAUGUACAGUUAGUCAGACAAUUUGUCACCGCACUUACUCACAUAAUGUCUCUGUGAUAUGAACAUUCUUUGUCACAAUUAAGUUUCAAGUACAUAACAGCUUUAAACACAAUCAAGUUUCUUUUUCCACAAAGAAAAAUUGUACUUGAUGUUACUCACACGUAAGUAUGAUGCAUACAGAAAGAAAGUUAAAUUAUGUGACGGGUUCUUCUUAUUUUUUGAACACAUGCAUUCUUAACAUAAGCACAUAUGUUGACUGAAAUCAAAACCAUCACUCAGUGUAACAAUAUGAUAACUUAUCAUGAUGGGGGGUUUUGGCAAGAGGAGUAGAGGGGUUUCAGGGACAUUGUCCUGGAGGUCAUUCAAACGAUUUCACAGAAAUCAACAUUAAACUGGGAGCGUAGCCUUAUAGGAAGAUGAAUACCACUGCAUCUUCCACAACAGCUUUUUUACCUUCUGUUGAAGUAAUCUGCUAAGAUUACUAAUACUCUUUAUUUCUGUUAGUUUAAAGCUUUAUUUGCUAUAGUUAGUUUUCAUAAAAAUAACCCUUUACCAUAUUUGAAGCUCUCACACAAAAUGGUUAAUAAAACAGGUCUGUGAAUAAAUCAAAUUCUUUUGCCUCUUCGUAGUGCUUAUAAUGGCAAGAAUACACCAAACUUAAACUUUAAAAAACCAUUCAGAGCCAAGGAGUCUUUAACGCAGCUGUCAAUCAUGUCAGUCACUGCUUGUGAACUGCAGUCAAACAAUCUAGGCAGUGCUGAUCAAAUAUGAGCAAGAUUCUGUCAGUGUGUUGACAGUUUCUUGCUUUAAAUGUUUUCAGAAACAUAUUUUAGUGUACUGUUUAACUAUAAAAUGA